GAAAACGUCUGGGCAUGGCUUCCGUUGUACAAUCUCCUUUCGCUACUCUUCUCAAACGGUCAAAAUUUUCCUCCUUUGAUCCCCGCAUCGCCCAAGUCUACACUACACAUGGUGGUGACGCUCACCGUGGCAACUGGGGCUUCAAACGUCCACUUCCGAUACGCAGACGUGGAGCCUACAUCACAGUGAAGGCUGUUGACUCACUUGAACAACAGACAGAAUGGAACUCUGCGGAGCCUCAGGCAAUGUGGAUGAAGAACUGGGAUGAAUUACAAUUAAACCCCACGUCAGAAGAGUCGCGUCGGCCGUCGAGCGAGGAUUCUAGUGGUAUGGUAGACUCGGACUAUGCGCCAAUGCGAACGGACCCAAAAUGUUGGCGCUCGCCCGCUGUCCCCAAUAUUCAUGCCAUGUCCAACUUGGAAUUCAAGAAAUAUGUUGCGCAUAUCCGUCGCAAACGCAAGCACUUUUUUGAAUACCAGAGGAUGAAGACGGAAGCAUUCAAGAAGCAGAAGGAGAUGAAAGAGAGGGAGGAAGAGGCGUUAAAGCUGAUGAAGGCAGAGCCAUUUAAGGAAUCGUUUACAUCCAAAGGAUUGUCUAGGGCGAAAAAAGCCCCUCCCGAAAAACUUCCAAAGGAUUAUUCCCUUGAUGACUUCGCCAUGUGGGAGUCUGAGGGAAUACGAGGGCAUCCUCGAUCACGUUCACUCGAAAGCGUACCGCAUCGCUCUGCAGGUCUCCAUUAUUCUCAUUUCUCAGCACUUCAAACGUAUCUUUCUACGAAGGAACACAAAGGACGACUGGUUGAAGAGGUAAAGGGCGAUAGAGGAAAGCCGUUAUAUUUCGUGGCAUCAUAUGCUGGUAUGGGCACCCUCGUACAGCAGAAGAACAAAGGAGUGGGCAACGUGAUGACGUGGGGAGACGCUAGCAAGACUGGAGUGACAAACCUCAGGCCCGAGUCUGCAGUGUUGGAGAAGGCGCCAGAAGUGGUGUACAAGAGGCAAGGGUUGAAAGCAGCGAAACUCUCAAUGACAGCAUUUGCAAAUGACAUGCAGAGUCACUCCCAGAGCAACACUAAUAGGCCUGGGUCACUGGAGUACAUUGCAGCUGAACCUUUGCAGCUUUUCACCAAUCACACCUCAAACCCUAGGCGCGCAGCGAAGUUGGAUAAUAUCGUGCGCAAGUCGACGCAACCACCACAACGGGCUCCUAGUGAGGCGACACUGGACCUUUUGCAGGUGAUCCUUAACAAGCAGAGUCCUGGUGUGAACGGGAAUGGUGAUAUUGAGGAGGGGAAAUCAUAGUAAUUUUUUUUAUUACAUUUACGCUCUUUGAAUCAACUUUUUAUGCCACGCCUUUUGUGGCUCGCGAAGUGA